AUGAUUAUGAUUAUAUCUAUUCAAGCUGACAUUGAUCUAACUGGAACAACGAUUGAUCCUAAACAUGAAUUACUUACGGAAGUUGUUGGAAGAUAUCGAUUAGCUGCUCGACAAUUUCGUGAUAAUCAAUUAAUAUUACCAUUUGAUAUUCAAUUUUCAAUUCAAGAUAUAAUUAAAAUUGAUAGUUCAAUAAAUGAAUAUCAUUUUCGAGCAAUGAUACAACUUGAUUAUCAAUUUGAUCUUCUUCAUUGGAAUUCUAAUGAUACACAUAAUCGUUAUUAUGAUAUUGAUGAAAUUAUAUUAACUAAAACAAUUCUACAAUCUCUUUGGUUACCUGAUAUUCAUUUAUUUGAUAAUGAUACAGUAUCAUUUGAUAUUGAACAUGAAUCAGCUAAAGUCCAUCGUAAUGGUCUUGUUCAAUGGAUACGUCGUGGUUUAUUUAUAGUAACAUCACCCAUUGAUUUAACAUAUUAUCCAUUUGAUCGUCAAUAUCUACGUAUAAAUAUGUAUAAUCAAGAACAAAAAUUAAAAUUACAAUAUCAAGAACAUAAUAUUUCGAAAAUCAAUACUCAUUUACCACGUUCAUUCAAUUUAUGGAAAAUUUUAUUUAAUGAUAUAGAAAAACAUUCCACUGAAAAUCUAACACUCAUAUAUCAAGAAAAUAAUCAAACAAUAAAACCAAUUCUUUCACGUGGUUGGUUUAUUCAAACACUUGGUAUAAAACCAAAAACUCUAAAUGGAAACUUAGAUCAUUUAAAUAUCUAUAUAUUAAUUCAACGUCGUCGUGAAUCACAUAUUUAUACAACAAUUUUGCCAACAUUAUUUUUUUCUGUGUUUAUAUUUAUUUUCUAUUUUUCAUCUAUUGAAUCUUAUCAACGUUUAAUUAUUGGUUUAUUACAUAUUUUAGCAACAUUAAUGUUUAUUAUAUAUCUUGAUAAAAAAAUUUCAACUGAACAAUUAUCACAUACACCAUUAAUAAUACGAUAUUUAUCAUUAAUAUUUUUAAUUGAAAUUUUAUCAUUAUUUUUUGAUCAUAUUAUACAUUCGAUUUAUUAUGGUGGAAUACAUUUUAUAUCAAAUUGGUUACGUAAAAAAGAAAAUAAUGAUGCACAACCAGCACGUCUAUCACGUGUGAAAUUAAUAACACAUGGUUUACAUUCAAAUGGUAUUGAUAAUAAAGGAGGAACAGAUUUGUUAAUUAAACAAUUAAUUGAACGUGAAGAAUCAUUAAAAUUUGAAGAUUAUCAACGAUAUCAAUGGCAUAAACAAGCACGUAUUAGUGAAUGUUUAUGUUGUUGGUUUUUUAUCAUAAUUAUCAUUGCUUCUUUCAUCGGAAUUAUUUUUAUUCUACCAACAUUUAGUGUAUCAAAAAUGACUUAG